AUGGAGAUAGACCAGAACGUCACUGCUUCCAUCAUCUCUCAGGAGCAUCUGAACCACAAGCUCAGGAAGCCUCUGGUGGAGAAGUUACGCAGAGGGAGGAUCAACAGCAGCAUCGAGCAGCUCAAGUCUCUCCUGGAGCUCCUCAAACAGCAGCCAGACUCCAAGCUGGAGAAAGCAGACAUCCUGGAGACGACCGUCUGCUUCCUGACACGACUGCAGCUGCAGCAGGAUCCAGCUGUGGACUCAGCAGCUGCUGAUCAGGUCUACUCCAGAUGUGUCCAAGAGGUAGUGCACUUCCUGUCCAAAGACCAGGAGAAGACCCGGUCCCACAGAAGACUGCUGGACCACUUCAACAAGCUGCAGUCUGAGAAGAACCUGAGAGAGGCUGACUUCUGUCCUCUGAGCUCCACAGUCCAGACCAGAGUCCAGUCUGCAGCGCCCCCUGGAGGCCCUGGAAGACACUGCAGGACUGGAGGGAAACUAACAGAUCAUAUUGAUCAAAGAUUCCUGGACGUUAUAGUAAUAUGUUUGAUCAAUUUGUUCCUCUGA